AUGACCGACACAGAAGCCCCCAAGGGGCUUUCCAACAAGCUCCAGAACAAGCGCAAGAGACAAGCCGACGACGCUGCUCCCCAGCAAGAAAAGCCCGAGGCAGGAACUCCUGCUGAAGGAACAAGCAAGAAGAAGCAGAAGAAGAACAAGAACAAGAAGAAGCUUGCCGAGCAUGAAGAAAGACAGAUAACGCGCAAAGAUGGCCUUGACGAAUCAAUUGGCAAGAUGGACGGCCGGUUGCUGAGCGAUCACUUUGCGCAGAAGGCCCGGAGACAUGAGAAGGAGCUUUCCGCUGUUGAGCUGAGUGAUCUCUCCGUUCCAGAUUCUGCAUUCCUCGAUACCUCUUCCUUCACCUCGUCCAGAAAGCUGGAACAGCUCCCUGAGUUCCUUAAGACAUUCAGUCCUAAGGGUCGCGACCUGUCAAAAUCGUCUGAGAAGCCUGGCACCCCUCAUACUCUCGUCAUUUCAGGUGCUGCUCUGCGGGCUGCUGAUGUUGUACGGGCACUCCGAUCUUUUCAAACGAAGGAAAGCAUUGUCGGCAAACUGUUCGCGAAGCACAUCAAGUUGGAGGAAGCGAAGCAAUUCCUUGACCGGGCUCGGUCUGGUAUUGGGGCUGGUACCCCGACCAGAAUAUCUGAUUUGAUUGAGUCUGGAAACCUCAAGCUGGAUGAGCUCGAACGCAUCGUUAUUGACGGAUCACACAUUGACCAGAAGCAACGGGGCAUCUUCGACAUGAAAGACACCCAUAUGCCAUUGCUGAAGCUGCUUACUCGGCCGGAACUGCGUGAGCGCUAUGGGUCGUCUAAGAAGAGUGUGAAGAUCUUGGUGUUUUAA